AUGGCCUCAGGGAACUGUGUACCACUCACGGAGCUGCUGAGGGGACAGGGUCUCACGACCGCGUUGUUGCUACUGGCGCGGACCACCACCGGAGCCAUACCUCUGCGUAGACCCGCGACCAGCUCCACCGCCACCUCCGCCGCCUCCGCCGCCUCCGCGACCUCCGCCACCACCGCCGCCUCCGCCGCCACCGCCGCCUCCGCUACCACCGCCGCCUCUGCUCCCUCCGCCAAGGCCGCCGCCUCCGCCUCCACUGCUGCCACCGGUACCCCCACCUCCUCCACCACUCCCACCACCACCCCCACUCCCUCCGCCGCCUCCACCGCCACCUCCACCGCCCCCGCCAGCUCCUCCAGCGCCCUUGCCCCCCUUGCCCUUGCUUGUGCGGCGCUUCCCCGAAGGGGCAGACACAGCAUUGACCGACUCAAAACCAACGAGGUCGGCCGCAGCAGCAGAGGCAACAGAGGGCAAGAGGGGGGAGGGAGAACACCCCUCAAAGACAGGGGUGCGGGGGUCACCACGAGAGGCUCCUACAGCGAUUAUGCUCUUCUCCGCCGCUAG